AUGCGUGGAAAAAAAUCUUUCUGUAUUCCAAAAAUUACAAUUUCACUAGAUAGAACUCCAUCUUGCAAUCCACCCCCUGCCAGCAGAGCACAUUCUCUAACUUCACCAACUCAAAGACAACGUCCAUUUACUAGAGGAAUGAAUUCACCAACUCAGGAUCACAGAAGAGCAGUUUCGCCAGCUCAAAGAUCAUAUUCACCUACCAGAAUAACAAGUCACGAUCAAUUUACAGCAGAAGUGUUGAGUCCUGACCUUGUUAUCCGACCUUCAAUUUUGCCGGAACCCAUUUCAGGAUAUCAGAAAGGCAAAAGAGCAAUUCUUGAAAAAUUGACUCUUGAAGAAUAUAAAUUACUCAGAAUUAGAAAGAUCUUUCGUAGAGUAGGAGAACAACUUUCUGAUGUGAAAAUCAAAAGGAGGCAUCAGUAUGAGCAUUGUCCAGAUUUCUUCAACAUACGAAUUGGAAAUAGAAGAAUUGGCAUUGACUUGGGAACUGUCUAUUCUUGUGUUGGUGUAUGGCAAAAUGAUAGAGUUGAAAUUAUUGCCAAUGACCAGGGUAACCGUACAACACCUUCAUAUGUAUCAUUCACUGAUACUGGACGUUUAAUUGGUGACACUGCAAAAAAUCAAGUUGCUAUGAAUCCAUAUAAUACUGUUUUUGAUGCUAAACGUCUUAUUGGUCGUCGUUUCAAUGAACCAGUAGUUCAAUCUGAUAUGAAGCAUUGGCCAUUCAAAGUUAUUGAUAAAAAUACUAAACCAUAUAUCCAAGUUGAAUAUAAAGGUGAAAUUAAACAAUUUACUCCAGAAGAAAUUUCAUCAAUGGUAUUAACAAAAAUGAGGGAAACCGCUGAAACUUUUCUUGGUACAAAAGUAACAAAUGCAGUUGUUACAGUGCCUUCCUAUUUCAAUGAUUCUCAACGUCAAUCAACAAAAGAUGCUGGCAUAAUUUCUGGGUUGAAUGUGCUUCGUAUAAUCAAUGAACCCACAGCUGCUGCUAUUGCAUAUGGUUUGGAUAAUAAAACAAUAGGGGAACAUAUUGCGUUGGUUUUUGAUUGGGGUGGAGGUACCUGUAAUGUCUCAUUGUUGGCAAUUGAACAUGGUGUUUUUGAAGUCAGGGCCACUGCUGGUGACGCCCAUCUUGGUGGUGAAGAUCUUAAUAAUCGUCUAGUAAAUCAUUUUGUUCAGGAAUUCAAACGUAAAUUCAAAAACGAUCUCACCACAAAUGCCAGAGCACUUUGCCGUCUCAGGACAGCUUGUGAACGUGCCAAACGUGCACUUUCAGCAUCAGCACAAACAUCCAUUGAGAUUGAUUCACUUUUUGAAGGCAUUGAUUUCUACACAUCUAUAACUCGUGCCAGGUUUGAAGAAUUGAAUCAAGAUUUGUUCUGUUCCAUCAUGGAACCAGUUGAAAAGGUGCUUCGUGAUUCAAAAAUUGAUAAAACCCAAGUACAUGAUAUUGUGUUGGUUGGUGGAUCUACUCGUAUUCCAAAAAUUCAAAAAUUAUUAUCAGACUUUUUUAACGGCAAAGAACUCAACAAGUCCAUAAAUCCCGAUGAAGCUGUUGCAUAUGGUGCAGCUGUUCAAGCAGCCAUUUUGACUGGUGACACAUCUGAGAAAACACAAGAUCUUCUUUUACUUGAUGUUGUACCACUUUCACUUGGUAUUGAAACAACAGGUGGUAUGAUGACACCUCUUGUCAAACGUAAUACCCUCAUUCCAACCAAAAAAUCAGAAAUAACUUCUACCUCUGCUGAUAAUCAAAAAGAAAUUACUAUUAAAGUGUAUGAAGGUGAAUGUAUUCAUACCAAAGAUAACUAUUUAUUGGGUGAAUUUGUAUUAACUGGUAUUCCACCAGCUCCAUGUGGUGUACCUCAAAUUGAAGUCACUUUUGAUAUUAAUGCCAAUGGUAUUCUUGAUGUGUCUGCUGUUGAUAAAACUACAGGCAGAUCCAAUAAGAUCAAAAUUACUAAUGAUAAAGGGAGAUUAUCAAAAGAAGAAAUUGAAAAAAUGGUUGCUGAUGCUGAAAGAUACCAUGCAGAUGAUGAAAAAGAGGCUCGAAGAAUAACAGCACGUAAUGAAUUGGAAAGUUAUGCAUAUAAUUUACAUAACACAUUUCAGGAUAAAGAAAUUUCAAUCAAGAUUGAUCCAGAUGAUAAAAAGAAACUUGAAGAUGCAAUCCAACAUUCAAUCAGAUGGUUUAACAAUAAUCAAGAAGCAGAAAGAUAUCAAUAUGAAGAUAGAAAGCAACUACUCGAAGAAAUUACUAACCCAAUAAUGAUGAAACUUUACUCACAAAGG